AUGCGUUUAUCUUCGAGGUAUUGCGCGGCUUUUGUUCUAGUUUUCCUAUGGACUACAAUAUACGCUAAAGACUUUGAGAACGAGUAUGAAAUUAUCGAUGGAAUUAGAAUAAAAAAAGAAUCGAUUGUAACGAUAAAAGAGCAAGACGACAAGAAACGUGAAAAGAACGGACGAUCAGACUUGGAUGAAGGCGAAGAAGUUUCAGAGGAAGACGAAGACGAUGAUUAUGACGAUGACGAGGAUGAUAGCGAUGAUGGGGGAGAAGGAGACUUAGAAACAGCCAAGCAUCUUCCAACAAAAUGUCAUGGUGAGUCUAAAUAAACGAAGCUGCCCAAAGGAAAUAAUGAAUGCUUGUUAUUGCGAGUGUAAUACUUUGUACUCUUUUCAAGUUUGUAGACUAUUGGCGGUUGAAGUUGAGAAUAAGCUUACAAAGAUUGCAAGGAUUAGAAAACCCCGGGAGACCAGGCCUCCGAUUUACUACAAAGAGUAAGAAAUAUUUCUUACUUAUGAUUGAAAUAACUCAUUGUUAGCUCAUUUGUUACAGUAUGUUAUUCGUGCAUCUUAAAGUAAGCAAAAAGGAUCCUCUCAGACAACAAGAAAAGGAUAUUUGGGAACGAAGAUCUCUCUCAUCGUAAUGCACCAUUUUUUUAACACCAGACAGCCUUCAUUUUUUAUUUCUCUUCCAUAACAGGGAACUAGUUAUGUUGAGGGUUACGGAGAACAUAUGUGACGCAAUGACGAAGUACAGCGUCAGAGCAAAGGUUCCUUUUAGAUAUAAACGGGGAGGUAAGUACCGUUCCAAACGUAAAACAACUGUAGUCAAAGGGGGAGAGGCUUAGGCAUGCAAUAUUGAGUUAUUGAUGUUGGCAAAAGGAGGAGUUUAAGUGUAAAUGCGGGCUUGUUUCAGCAAGCUGACGAACCUUGCACCAGUUUCUGUAGCAUGAGUCGUUUAGAAGUACCUAUAGUAAGUAAAUUCCUAAUUUAUAGGUGAAUGGUGCACUAGUUUAUCAAAGAUUACACUCUUGCAAUCCUUUUCAGUCAGUCGCUAUUCAUUUCAAUACUUUCUCUAUCAAUUUAAAGUUCAUUGAUCACAGCAAACGCGGAGGAAGUCAUAAAAAUAAUACUACAGAUAUAUAUCGUGUUGAAGACCAGUUUCUCGUGACUCACAAAAACUUUUAGUUAUCACGCAGCAAACGAUAAGAUUGCGCUUGCGGUCCACAGAUAAGCCGCUUAUGGGACGCGAACGGUGUAUAGGUUUUAAAAGCGCUACGUUGCGAAAUUCUAGUUCAAGUGUAGAGGAAUAUUUGACGAAGACCUCGUCAGAAAACACCAAAUAAAAUUAAAGUUUAAAGCAAAAGUAACAAGGGUAAGUAAUGAACACGGAAUGCUAAUGGUGAACUUGAGAGAUAAGGAUUCUUUUUUCAAGAUUGGUUGAACAUAAUGGUUAAAGAUAGCUUCUGGAGUAAAGAACAACAAAGGGUACAAACAAGGCUUUAAUACCUACAACAUUCAAAUCAUUUACAGUCUGAUAUACCGCUUGUGGAUUUUUUCGUUUUCAGUAAAAAGUAUAUUCCGCAAGCAAAUUGAAGAGGUCACAAAAGAUUCUCGAAUUCAAAAGUGGGUGUUUGCUACGCCAGAAGAGGACAUUGAUGAUCCAACAGGCGAAAUAAGACGGCUCAAGGAACAGGUACGCCAAAUUCAAAUUGUAAAAAAAAUUGAUUAAGUAAGUAAAAGUUUUCAUUUGUUAAAUUCACUAUAGGUAUAGCAUUUACGUUAACUUUGGUAACUUUCUUCUAUUAAGUUACUACCUAGAACUGAAUUACAUUAAGUGUAUGUGAAUAUGACAUAUUUCAGGGUUUAAAACAUUCUUCUAAUAUAAAUUUGAAUUUUUUUUUCUGCAGUUGGUGCUCUGUCGUAAUGACUGAUAUCGAGAGAGUAUCAGCUGAUAUUCUCUGCUGAUAUCAGUUGUUUUCUCAUUGUACUAUGUAAAUCGUGCUUUGUCUAUGUACACAUGAAUAUACGUUUUUUUCCUGUACAAAGUGUAAGCGACAUUGACAUACAGCUAUAGUCCCGACAUUCUGAUAAUCAAAACUAGUAGUGGUUAAUCUCUUAAAAUCUACCAGCUUACAAACUAGCUUUAGACAACACACACGCGACUACCGGUAUCGGUUGAGAGACCAACAGCGAAAGCAAACAAUUCUCAACCUUUUUUUCCAUUUUUCCUUUGAUAUAGUGCUACGAAAUGGUAAAGGAGACGCAAAAACUGCUCAUCCAUUGGUUUAUGAAGGCGCAAUCUCGUGACUUGACCAAAUGGCUCUGUGCCAAGAGAGUUUUAGUUGAUGACGACAAAGGUAUGUAUGUUUAUUUCCCUUAAAUAGUUGCGACGUAUAUUACCAUUUAUUUCGUUAACCACCGGCACAAGGCUACUUUCAUGCAAUUAACAUCUCAGUUACAGUCUUGAUAAAAUUUAUUGUCUUUUUCUUCCACAGGAUGCCUACAAGUUGAGAUGCCCAGGAGUAACCGAGUUGCAGCAUUGAGACAAAUGAAAGAAAAGAUCGCAGAAAACAAGACAACAAGUGCUUCGCAUGAAGAACUUUGA